AUGACAGGAAUACAUAAAGGUGCAAUAUCAAUUCUUCAGAUAAAAAUUAACCACGAAAUCCUAACGUUUCAUUGCAUAAUUCAUCAACAGGCGCUUUGUGCCCAAACAUUUUCGGCCGAAAUUGUUGAGGUCAUGAACUUAUUUAAAGAUUUCCUUGAAGAAAUAGAUAGCCCGUAUUCUGACCUACUUUUGCACAAUAAAGUACGAUGGCUUUCCAGAGGUAACGUAUUAAAACGUUUUGCUUCGUGCUUGAGAGACAUAAAAAUAUUCCUCAAUGAAAAAGGCAUUAACCAUCCUGAAUUGGAAGAAGACAAAUGGUUACAAAAAUUCUACUUCACGGUAGAUAUCACAAUCAAACUAAAUGAGCUAAAUAUAAAACUAUAA